AUGAAAGGCGUAACAGAAGCUAAUACCCAUUCAAACGCGUUAGAAACAGUCGAUGUACCUCUGAACACUACUUGUGUUAUCGAAACGCGCUACUCUAGCAACGAUCCUCCGCUGGCAUAUCCCAUCGUUCAAUGUGUCCUUGACGACCUGGCUUCGUUUCGUGCACCCCGUGACUUGUUGGUAGGUCUUGGUGACGCAAUGGAAGCACACCAGAUGAUGUACGACGUGCACGGUGUUCUUCACCGUGACAUAAGCGCAAGCAAUAUUCUACUAACAGACUCACUCGUCAACAAUCGUCGUGACGCGUGCUAUGAAUGGGAUCACACGGCCAACUCGAAUUCGAAUAUGGGGCACGAUGCACACGGCACACAGCGUUGUGGCUCUAACACAGCUGAAGCUUCAGUGAAGAUUGGACGCCAAGUUCAGCGUGGUAUUCUCGCCGACUGGGAUCACUCCCUGAGCACUGACAGGGUAAACCCCGUGGGUAUACACCAAAUGAGCGCCUGGAGAUCUAUGUCGACCCACCUUAAGAUGAGCCCGGGAGCCGCUCACUCCCUUGUCGACGGUCGUGAAUCGUCUCUCCUCGUGCUCAUGUACAUGAGCAUUCGAUACCUCCGAGACCCCAAGUCCUCCGCAGGAAACGUCAAGUACUACCUUGAACAAUUUGACGAAGUUCAAGAACGGGUUGGUAUGCCUCACGUAGGAAAUUAUGCUUGGGAGCAUAUCUACUGUUCCGGUGGCCCGAAAGUCCAAUUUCGCUAUGGCCCCAUUCGAAGGAUUAUCGAGGAACUCUGCGAAUGCAUGGCGGCACGGUAUGAUACGGUCCCAGUAUGCUUUUUCCAUCGCCCCACUUUCGCUCAAGAACUCAAGCAAAUGAUCCGUGACGAUGGCGCAGAGUCUCUUGAGGCCCCCGCGUACUUUUACGAGACAUUUCGAGAGUACGCUUCCAUGUGUCAUUGA